AUGAUUGAAGCCAUUGCAGGUGUUAACGCCCUCAAGCGACGUGCUCGCGAGAUAGGAACAACCGUUAGCAACGAUGGUGAAAAGCUGCUAUUGGACGAGCUCAGCGACAGCGAUGACGGCGACGUGCACACGGAGUUUAUGCCACUUGUGGUUACCAAUGAAAAGCAAGACAUACCGGAGCAAGAGUUACGGACGAGACACAAGAAAUUGAGAUUUCACUUUGAUCUGUCCAAGAAGAUUGAACUGGCUGAAAUGGCUGAAUUGCUGUUCAGUCACCACGGAAUUAUUGCCUUUUACGCUUGUGUUACAGUCUAUCUGUACGGCGACCUGGCCAUCUAUGCUGUCGCCGUUCCCAAGUCCUUGCGAGAGAUCAUUUGUCCUCGUCCCUCUGCUGACGCUAUUGUCUGGGAGUGCUCGGAAAGGCUCAACAGCUCGGACUUGUACCGUCUCUUUGUUGUGCUUUUUGGUCUGCUACUCAGCCCCUUCACAUUUGGCCACGUGCACAAGACGCGCACACUUCAGCUUGUUUCCACUGUUAUUCGCCACGCAUCUUUUGGGCUGAUGAUUGUGCUUGCCAGUUUUGGAAUUGCGCGAGGCCACGGACGAAGCUUAGCUGAUGUCGUGAGUUAUGAAAAGUCCUCGAACAUCGCUACGUUUUUUGGCGUGUGCAUUUAUUCCUUCAUGUGCCAUCACAGCGUCCCCGGUCUCAUAGCACCUGUCACAGACAAAAGAAAAGUUAGCACGAUCCUGAGUGCGGCCUUUAUGGCGGUCCUGAGUGUUUAUUUCGUGCUAUCUGUUUCAGCCACCUUUCGCUUCCAGCCAAACGACGUCGAGGAUGUGUAUACACUGAAUUUCAAGAAUUACCCGGUUCAAGCAUUUGGAUACUUUCUAAGCUUAUUCCCAGUGUUCACACUGAGUGCAAGUUUCCCGCUAAUCUGCAUCACGCUUCGUGAAAAUAUUCGCCACCUUGCGUCACGCAUGAGCGGGUCAACACCAGCAAGCGACAUUACUUCUCCAAACGGUCUGUGUGACUUUCUGAAAAUCAACAUGUACGCGCUAGUGGCGCUUCUUCCGCCGCUCGUUGUCGCGUUCUUCACUGAGGAUGUGUCAAUGCUUGUGGGUUUUACGGGCGCGUACGCUGGUUUGGGUAUUCAAUGGAUUGUCCCAACGUGUCUAGUCUUUUAUUUACGCCAUUGUCUUGCAAUGGAAUGGAAACAAAUGCAUCCCAUGGACAUGACGGUGACACAUCGAGAUUUUGUCGCAAUAUGUGGCAAUAAGAAUCGCUAUGCGAGCGACUUGAUUGGUCGUGGUGCCUUUUCACUCGUAUAUCUUUGUCGGAGGAAGGAAACACAGCAGAUUUUUGCUGUCAAGGUCAUUAACAAGGCACUUUGUGUUAAAAAGAAGACAUUGCGGGAUGAGAUUACGGUAUUGCUUCGAGUGAAACAUGCUAAUAUUAUUAGUCUGGAGGAAGUUUAUGAGAGUGAUCAGGAACUGCUUCUUGUGAUGGAGAGAGUUACGGGAGGCGAGCUAUUUGAUCGCAUUGUGCGUGUGGGCGUUUACUCGGAGCGACAGGCAGCAGAGAUUGUCACUAAUGUCUUGCAGGCGCUCAACUAUUUGCACUCUUGCCACAUCCUGCAUCGUGAUAUUAAGCCGGAGAACAUUCUUCUUGCCAGUGGUGACAGUGGCGACAUUAAACUCAGCGACUUUGGCAUUGCCAAGAUAUUGGAGGAUGAAGACGACGGCGCACGUUCUCGUGGCCGUGCAUACACAAGUUGUGGAACCGACUACUAUGUUGCACCUGAGGUUCUGAACGGCGAAGGCUACGAUAGUAAAGUGGAUUUGUGGAGUCUUGGUGUUGUCUUGUACAUCAUGUUAUGCGGGUUUCCACCAUUUGCAGAAGAUGAAAAUGGACUCGAGUCGGUGUAUCUUAAAAUUCGCUCUGGUGCAUUAGACUUUCCUCACCCGUAUUGGACAAAUGUAUCGGAUGGAGCCAAGGAUCUGAUUCGCAACCUGCUCGACGUAUCACCGCAAGACCGCUUCAGCGCAGCGCAGGCACUAAACCAUCCGUGGAUAAAGGGCGAGUACAGCGAGCAGCCGCUUUCGUCGGCUAUCUUGGAGAUGAAGCGCUUCAACCAGAAGCGUCGUUUUAAUUAA